GUCGCAGUGCAAGGAAGGACCUCCGAGCUCCCCCACUGCCCGUUAUUUGGAGGCCCGGGUUGGCGACUGUACUACUGCCGGAUGGCAACUACGGGCUCGGCUUCGAGAGGCACCUCAGGCGGAAGCUUCGGAAGCUGCGGGAACCCCGAAAUGCCACGGGCCCUACCUCGCUUCCCUGCGGGUGGCGGCGCUGUGGGGGCGCCAGUGACAGGCACAGCACGAGGCAGCCUCUGCUAGGGGCCGCGGUCACCAUGGAGGACCCGCACCCUGAGGAGACCUUGGAGCCGCAGGAGUCGCCCAGCGAGAGGCGUCCCGGCCGCCCGGGGGGCCGCAUCUGCCCCCUGGAGGCCCCGCAGUGCAGCCGCUGCCUCAUCACCUUCGCCGACUCCAAGUUCCAGGAGCGCCACCUGAAGCGGGAGCACCCCGCCGACUUCGUGGCCCAGAAGCUGCAGGGGGCGCUCUUCGUCUGCUUCACCUGCGCCCGCGCCUUCCUCUCCUCCGAGGCCCUGAUCGCCCACCAGCGGAGCCACGGCCCCGCCGCGCGAGCGCCCCCUGCAGGUGCACCCGCCGCCGCCGCCGCCGCCGCGCAGGCCCGCUUCGCGUGUCCCGACUGCGGCAAGGCCUUCGCGCAGGCCGGCUCUCUGCGGAGACAUCGGCAGGUGCACGAGGCCCGCACCUUCGCCUGCACCGAGUGUGGCCAGGAUUUUGCCCAGGAGGCAGGGCUGCACCAGCACUACAUCCGGCACGCUCGGGGGGAGCUCUGAGUGCAGCCUGAGCCCUCCCCGCGGCGAUGGGGCGCUAGGGCUGGUGGGGCCCAUCUAAGGUGGGGGGUGGAGGUCCCCAGGGGGGGCUGGGCGCUAAGCGUCCCUCCCCAGGAAGGCGAGGGCUCGUGACGCACAGGACCUGGAAGAUUCUGCGCUGUGGAGGACGUGGGGCCCGUAGGGAGCCGUGAGAUCAGAUCAUCGUUGAGAGCUUUUGUUUUUAAAAAAUGAGCAAGAGGGAAAUUUUAUUUUUAUCUCCCUCAUUCCCAAUUAAAGAGCUAGCUGCAGA